ACGUUUUGACAAUCGAUGGUAGUGAUCGGAAAUAGAGCCUUCCGGGAUAUAGCAAAACCACAAGAUUAUGUUUAUUUAAUCGCGUCUUCCUUCAACUGAUCUUAGAAUAGUUCGUAUGAAAUGUCAGGGAGUAAUGUCGUGGCAUUAAAACCCGGGAGAACGCGUUUUAUACCCGCUAAUUCAUCACUCUAGGUUAUGUUUUUGAAGUACCGUUGUGUAUUCAUUGCCAUGAAUUUUUUAAUUAUUUUGUGAUGAGUUUUUUUUCCCGAACUCCAGUGAUAUAUUCUUAGUCUGCUAACUAGAAGAAUAAUAAAUUAAAAUGGACAUAAUAGACUUGGACGUCCUCGAAACAAGUUCUCGUCCAAUAAAAAACUCCGGAGUAAGAUGCAACUGCAUAAGCUCAAACUCAGCCUGUUACAUAGCAGUGACAAUCGCCACUCUGGGAUUUCUCGGGGCCAUUGUCUUCAUCUGUAGAGAUUACAUUAAAGUCCUGCUCUACUGGAUCGAGCACCAGGACACGUGGGUGAUCACAGUCAUCGUCACGGCACUUUUUACAGUCGUUUCGUUUCCCAUAGUCAUAGGGUAUUUAUUCCUCAUCAUUGCGAGUGGGUAUAUGUUUGGCAUUGUCAGGGGCAUUGCCAUGGUCGUCCUGGGGGCGAAUCUGGGAAUCGCAGUGGCACAUACUACACUCAGUGCUCUAUCCACCAAAUUACCUAUCGGGGCGCUCUUGAGGAGCGAAACUGCGAGGGCUAUCUUGAGAGUCAUAUCAGGACCACAGGCCUUUAGAGUCGUUCUCUUUGCGAGGCUCACGCCUAUACCUUUCGGACUGCAAAAUACUAUUUUUGCUGUCAGCAAUAUUUGUGGCUUAAGAUAUCAUAUCGCAAGUGCAAUAGGUCUCCUCCCAGCGCAAAUAAUCAAUGUUUACCUCGGAAGUAGUCUAAGGUCAAUGCAAGACGUGUUAGAGGAUAAACAUACUGCUGCGACGGGAUACGUAGUCUUCUGUAUUCAGAUACUCGUUGCUGUCUCACUGAUGGUAUACGUAGUUCAGAAAGCCCGACGCGAGCUGCAUCUAGCUCUCCUGGAGGCAGAUCUUGCCUCCAUGACGGAUAAUUCUCAUUACCUCAAUGACGCACUACCCGAGUCCAAAGGAUCACUCGUGACGCUCAUUGCGUAAUGCGCAAUGUAAUUAUUGACAAAUAUUGAAUAUUCUCCUCAAGAGCUCCAGGUCACAUCGAGGUAGGUCUCGUCUUCGUUCAGCACUCGUUAUCAUAAAUGACUCGACUAUGAUUUUCUCUCGUGAACGAAAAGUCUGGAAAAAUUCAAUCAGUUUAGCUGUGCCAAACAAACAAAAUCAUGCUUUCGAUGGCGAAACGAAUUUUCUGCACUACAUCGUUGACCUUCCGUUUAUACAAUUGUUGAGUUUCUUUGUAUUCAUAUAUCCCCUGUUGAUUAAUUUUUCAAUGGUUCAUGGUACCAAUUAUUGACAGGCCUAUUUGUUUCGAACGCAGAGUUUUUCAUACAUUUUUUUAAUCAAAUCAAUUUUCUGGUGUAUGCAGAAGAGAUCGACAAUACUCUCGCCAGAGAAUUAUAUGUAUUUCCUCCAAAGAAAAUAGCGAAGGAUAAUUGAAUCUAGUAUUGAGAUAACCUUUGACAGCGAUAGAAAUUAUGUUUAGAUUUUUGUGUUGAAGUAUUUUAAUCUCUUGGGAAAGUCGAAGUAAUUUAGUUUAAGAAUAAAACUGAUAUGACGUGCACUAUUUUCGUCAACGUGUGGUACUGCACCUUGUGAGUGUGAAUAAUUAACGUUUCGAGAACCGACAAGCACAACAAAAAUUAUCAAAUUUAAAACAAGCUCCACGUACACUAUUAAAAAAAAUCGAAAUUUUGGGGGCUAGUGCUUUCCAUGAGAGCGACUUUGAAUUUGAUUUAGGGAGGAAAAAUCUCACUGUAAAUUUAACGAAAUUCCACAUUUUUAGGCGGCAGGAAGACGAGAAUUCCCUAACUUCAGUUCUUAAUGAGAACAUGAAU